CAAAAAGUCUGAGGUCUUUGGGUCGAUAUGAAACCCCUUAUAUCUUUUAAAAAAAUAACUGAGAAGAACGAAGAUUGACUUUGAUCCGGUUCCGCACAGCUCAUUUUUUGACACUGAUCCAGAGUUUCACCAUGUCAAGCGGAGUUUUGGCCCGUCUGAGUACGCUGACUUUGAGUAUACAGCAGCUGGGUCAAUUGCCACACUUGUCGAACUGGUUGCCCCGUCUACCUUUACCUCAAGCCACCGUACUCGCCUCUAAUGUGCCGAGCCUCUUUCGUGAGCCCUAUAUCUUGUCGGGCUAUCGUCCGGUGCAUCAGGAAUGGCGGAGCUACUUUUGUAGCCUCUUUCAAUGCCACAAUGAGUCGCUCAAUGUAUGGACACACCUGCUGGCAAUCCCUGCCAUUCUACUCCAGUUUUCUUUAUUUGCAGGGACAUGGGGGCUGACACUCAACGUGGCAUCUUUGCCUCUGUUUUUGUACAUGUUGUCAUCACUUACAUACCUAAGUUUCAGCGUGGCCGCCCAUCUGCUGCAGUCACACUCUGAACUGGCCCAUUACUCCCUUUUCUUCGUAGACUACGUUGGUGUAGCUAUUUACCAGUAUGGCUGCUCACUAGGCCACUAUUUUUACUGUUCAGAGCCAGUAUGGAGGCACAGCCUAGUGGGUGUUGUGUUUCUGCCUGGUGCCGCGGUCCUGGCCUGGUUGUCCUGCACCAGCUGCUGCUACGCCAAAUUCCGUUACCAACGCCCGUACCCGCUCCGCCGGAAGAUCUGCCAGAUCAUUCCCACCAGCCUGGCGUACAUGCUCGACAUUAGCCCCGUAGCACACCGCCUGGUCACCAGAUCUUGGGACGAGCCGGUGUUGGUGAUUCAUGCCCUGCAAGUGGUGUUUUUCAUGUUAGCGGCUCUGUUUUUCUCUUGUCCUGUUCCUGAGCGCUUCUUUCCAGGGAGAUGUGACAUUGUGGGCCAUGGACAUCAGAUCUUCCAUAUCUUCCUGGCUAUGUGUACUAUGUGCCAGCUGGAAGCAAUGUUUAGAGACUUUCUGGUGCAUCGGCAGUCUGUUGUAGAUGUGCAUGGAGAACAUUUCAUUAUGCUGGCUGGAGGAUCGUUCUUCUUGUUGGUGCUGUGCAGUGUUCUGACUGCAGUUCUUAUGAGAGGAGCUGUGCAAAGGCAACUGAAGAAAAAAGACUGAAAACUAUUUUGAAAAGAUUUUACUAAGCAUAUUUGCUUAGUUAUAUACUG